AUGAGUAACGACAGCACAACUUCCGGCGCUGGUACGCCUGAGGUCCCGUCUACACCUAUCAUACCAUCGACUCCUGUCAUGCCUUCUUCGCCUUCUCUCGUUGAUCUCACUAUUGCCGACGAGGAAGCUAUCUUUCCUCUCACACCUGAAGGUCUGAGUAGAAGACAAUACAAUCUAUUCAAGAGAAACCGAAAGACUGCUCUCAGAGCUGCUAUAAAGGAGCAAGCUGCGGAUGAGAUGGAGGACACUGCUGAGGGCGCUGGAACUAAUCCCAGUUUACCAACAGGAUACAAACAAGGCGACUUCUGUCGUCAAGCUCGUAAGCUGAUUAAGAGUACUGACAAGCACGGUAUGUUGAGUCCUGGUACACACAAAGUUGUCAAACCUGCUGUGGUUAGGUACUAUCAGUAUAAGCGCUGCUUCAAGGUUGCUCAGCAGUUUGCUGAGCGCAAGUCAAACAAGAACGGUGGUAUUCGCAUGCUUUGA